AGUGUUUUGAAAGAGAGCAAAGGCAAAAAGAUCAAAAACUCAUACGAAACCUGAAAUCAUUAAUUCCUUUUUCACAUUUCUCUCAAAUCUUUUUUGAGUUUCUCAUUUUUGAUAAACGUUCUCCAUAUCUCCAGAUCCGAUCGCUUCAUAGAUUCAAGAGCUUUUUGCACCCGAAAAAUAACAGGUUUUUUUUUUACCUGAAGGAAGAUAACUACUCGCUCCUGGAGUGUCUUGCUUGUGUUUAAUCCAGCCUUAUACUAAGUAUAAUUAAUUAACUGAUAAUUUCUCAACGACGGAGAGAUUCGGGAUUGAUGGUAUUAAGAAGAAUCUUUUGCCAAGGAUCUUUGAUCUUCCAAUGUCGUAAAAAGAGAGUCUGCUAAGUUUUAGAACCUAUAUGGAGACCGGUACAAGCAUUGACAACAAAGGCUAUGAAACAAUCAAGAACGGUUCGUGGUUUAGCCAGUUCCGUAAUGGCUACAAUCCAUGGAUGGCUAGAUAUGUGUACGGUCUGAUGUUCCUCUUGGCAAAUCUGCUGGCUUGGACUGUCCGUGAUUAUGGCCGAGGUGCCUUGACAGAAAUGAGAAAAUUCAAGAAUUGUAAAGACGGCCGAAACUGUUUGGGAACCGAAGGAGUUUUACGGGUUAGCUUGGGAUGUUUUCUGUUCUAUUUCAUUAUGUUUCUUUCAACCGUUGGUACAUCAAAGACACAUUCAUCGAGAGAUAAGUGGCAUUCAGGAUGGUGGGUUGCUAAGCUUCUCAUGUGGCCUGGCUUAACCAUCUUCCCUUUCUUGUUGCCUUCUUCCAUUAUUGAGCUUUACGGGGAGAUUGCCCAUUUUGGUGCAGGGGUCUUUCUUUUGAUACAGCUCAUUAGUAUCAUCAGUUUCAUUACAUGGCUCAAUGAAUGUUUCCAAUCUCAAAAAGAUGCAGAAAGAUGCCAUGUCCAUGUGAUGCUACUAGCGACUACUGCGUAUACGGUAUGCAUAUUAGGGGUGAUUUUGAUGUACAUAUGGUAUGUGCCUGAUCCAUCAUGCCUUCUCAACAUAUUUUUCAUCACAUGGACUUUGUUCCUUAUCCAACUCAUGACAAGUAUCUCUCUCCACCCCAAAGUGAAUGCUGGAUUCUUGACUCCAGCACUUAUGGGACUUUAUGUUGUGUUUAUCUGCUGGUGCGCCAUUCGAAGUGAGCCAGUGGGAGAAACUUGCAACAGAAAAACUGAAUCGUCUAGCAGAACGGACUGGCUUACCAUCAUAAGCUUUGUCGUUGCACUGCUUGCAAUGGUGAUUGCGACAUUCUCCACAGGAGUAGAUUCCCAAUGUUUUCAGUUUAGAAAAGAUGAGACUCAAGAGGAAGACGCGAUUCCUUAUGGAUAUGGAUUCUUCCAUUUUGUGUUUGCCACUGGAGCAAUGUAUUUUGCAAUGCUACUUAUUGGCUGGAACAUUCAUCAUUCCAUGGAAAAAUGGACUAUUGAUGUUGGGUGGACAAGUACUUGGGUUAGGAUAGUAAACGAAUGGAUCGCAGUUUGCGUUUACAUUUGGAUGUUGGUGGCUCCAAUGGUAUUGAAGAGCAGACAAACAACAUGAGAGCUUUUUGUUCUUGAGAAAUUUGGAUCUGGCUGAGAACAUAGAAUAGAGUUUUCAGAUUGGGGAACUGUGUGAAAUCAUAUCUUUUUGUACAUAUAUUGUUUAGAAUACAAAUAUAGAUUAUAGAUUAGAAUUUAGUUAUUUACUGAGACCCUCAGGGAGUCUCUCUAUUCAUGAAGCGUCUACACAUUAUUACAAA